UAUUUAGCGUAGACUUGAAGUCAAAUCUGGCGACAGAAGUAUCAAAUUUCAUCUCUCUUUUUUCGCAUCAGAAUCCCAACAUUCACGCCAUUUUCCCACAAGGCAUUUCUUAUCCUAUUUUGGAUUCGUGAAUUUAUGAAAAGUUGUCUUCACUUUAAAGUCAAAACUGCAUGUGAAAGAGGCAAAGAUGUCUUUGAUGCGAAACAACAAAUCAAUUAACGUUUGCUCAUCUGUAGAGCCACAUACAUAGUCCUGACUUGGGAUAUUAUGGUAAAUAAUGUUGCAGACGCCAUUGCAUACAGUCCAUUCGGAUUAGCCAUAGUUUGUUGAAGUUUCUCUAUCAUGGUACCCGGGUCUAUAUGAGUUGAAACCCACAGGUAAUGAACAGAAAUGAAGAAAUGGUAUGGUGGUGUUCUAUCCACAUCCUUUUUUAUGUUAUUGGUUCUUGGAUAUUAUGUCAUGACAAAUCCCAUCAAGGAAGGUUACGCGCCAAUUCCUUCAUACUUCAAUAUAACAAAUCCUCUCGAGUGGAUAAAUCCUGGCGCUCCUCCAGCAGUUCAGAAUCCAGUAAACAAUUCUAGGUUGAUUUCUACGGAAGCUAUAGUUUCUGAUCUCUUUUCUCAAAGGAACUUAUCCAAUGAAGAGAAAAAUUCUUUACAUACAUGGAACCACUUGAAACACUUGAUUAGUCAUGCUCAGGGAUUACCUAAUGCUGUUGAGGCUAUAAAAGAAGCUGGUGUUGCAUGGAGCAAUCUAAUGACUUCAACUGAAGAGGAGAAGCUUCAUAUGAAUGGGAGUUCACAGAGGAGAGGAAGAGAGAAACAAUGUCCACAUUUUCUUAGUAAAAUAAAUGCCACAGAACUUGAUGAUCGGGGAUUUAAGUUGCGGAUUCCUUGUGGCUUGACGCAAGGUUCUUCAAUAACAAUUAUUGGUAUUCCAAAUGGUCUACUUGGCAAUUUCCGGAUUGACUUGACUGGUGAACAGAUUCCAGGGGAGACAGAGGCUCCUAUUAUUCUGCACUAUAAUGUUAGGCUCCGUGGUGAUAAGAUAACUGAUGAUCCUGUAAUAGUCCAAAACACCUGGACAGCUGUGCAUGACUGGGGUGAAGAAGAACGGUGUCCUUCUCCUAAUCCUGAAAAGAAUAAGAAAGUCGAUGCUCUGGAGCAAUGCAGUGAGAUGAUUGGUAAAGAUGAUAAUCGGACUAUCAAGGCUAACAGACAUGCCAAUGGGUCAUCAAAGAUUUCCACAUUUCACUAUGGGGGACGGAAAACAUACUUUCCAUUCAGGCAAAAUGAUCUGUUUGUAGCUACACUCAGGGUCGGAUUAGAGGGCAUCCAGAUGACAGUUGAUGGGAAGCAUGUCACAUCAUUUGCUUUCCGAGAAACUUUAGAGCCGUGGGUAGUUAGCGAAGCAAGGAUUUCAGGAGAUAUAGAUCUAAUUUCUGUUGUUGCAAGUGGGUUACCGACAUCAGAGGAUUUAGAGCAUAUAAUUGACUUGGAAACUCUUAAAGCAACUCCACUUCCUCCACGAAAACAACUGAAACUCUUUAUUGGCGUUUUUUCUACUGCCAAUAAUUUCAAGCGUAGAAUGGCAGUUCGAAGAUCAUGGAUGCAGUAUGCGGCAGUCCGAUCUGGACAAGUUGCAGUUCGUUUCUUCGUUGGGCUGGUAGGCCAAGUCUUUUUGAUUAGUUAUCAUUAAUUGGAUUAAAUGUUU